UUGAGAGAUAGACGUGCAACUUGCCUCAACUGAGCUGCUAACAAACUAUGGAUGAUGCCGAUCAAUUGGUGGAAAUCAGUAGUACGCAUUGGAUGGAGCUGAAAGACUUAUUCAAGAAUAAUUGGCCGAAGCAUGAGUUCGCUUAUUACCUAUUGUGCAAUUACGUGAGAUGGACGUCGUCUGAUCCACGGUUAAAGCAGGACAUCAAGGUCUACUCAUUGAACGGAUGCUGGAGAACGGAUGAAACCUUUGCGUUGAAGGAUAGGUUUGAAAUAUAUUUCUACACUACAGCAGAAGGUGCCGAGAGUCAGCAUUUGGUAAGAUUACUCUCACUCAUGGAUUGGAAUGCGUGGCAAGAAAUAAGCAUGGAUUACCUCGAAAGGUUCCAUGCUGUGGUGGAGAAACUUAUCAAAAAUCGCGGACUUUCGAUUGCAAGCAGCUAUCUGGCGAACUAUUACUAUUUAACAAAGAACCAGGCUCUUGAAAUGAACUUACCGGCACCGCCUGAGGGAUUCACUUUUGAAAGUCUGCAUGAAAAACAUUUGAGUUACAUCUACAGCCAAUGGCCACUGAAAAAUAAUAUUAGCUACGAGUCUGGCUAUCGGUUGCUCAAGCGUCUGAUACAAUACAAUGAAAGUGUAGGUUUGUUCGACCGUAGUGGACUGCUCGUGUCAUGGUGUUUGAGCGAUCAAACCGGGGCACAUUCUGAUCUUCAGACGACCGAAGAGUAUAAACGACGAGGAUAUGGUCGGAUGGUUGUGGUGGAGUUAGCUAAACGUUUAGCACGCCGUGGAUCGGAUUCAAAAGCGUAUGUGUUGAGCUCUAAUGAAAAAUCGAUCAAACUUUUUGAAGGUGUUCGAUUCCGUAAAAUUGAAAACCUACGUUGGGUAGUAGUCAAUCCAAAGGGAGCUAAUAUGUAAUAGGAAUACAAAAAGUUGUAACAUGUAUUGGCGUGGAUAAAUGGCGUAAAAUAUUGGCGUGGAUCGUCCGUAGAUGAUCCGUUUUGAUGCACCGGUUAAGCAGUUUCUAAGCGAAAGGCGUCACCUAGAACUAAACUGUAUCAACUAAAGUACAACACUUGAAGUUAGUUCUUAAUACGGCUCUUCCUAUUCUAAAGAAAUAAAAUAAAUAAUAAAUAAUAAUGCAUAUUUUGCGAUAAACUGAUUUUUUUUCGGUGGAAUAAAGGGUGCUUUUGUAUUUUUCUAUUUAUUAAACUCAUGACGUAAUGCUUUUUCCAAAUUAGACUUACAUCGCGCGCCAAAGUUUUAUGCAAUCGUUUAAGUACUGAAUUUUGCACAGCAGAGUGCGAACUGAGAACUGAGCAACU